CAUGACUGUGCCGUCUGGCUGAUUUAAUGAAUUAAAAGUGUAGAUAAUUUUUUUUUGUCCAUACUGUAUGGGUGCUGUAUCACGUUGUGAAACAGCUGGUAGGCCAAAAGACAGGAAAAACAAAUUUAGUUUUUGAAGUGUAAACAAAACUACAAUCAAUAUUGAUACCAAUAUUAUUAUUUUUUUUUAAUUUCAUAAUCAUUCUUCAGGACAAAUGCUGUGCAAUGCUAUUCAAAAGAAUCCGGAAUGUUUUCCCAGCUGCCAUUCGCAAUCAAAGCAUAUUGACUUGUUUCCGGACUACUUCAACUUUCUCUACAGAUGAUUCCGUAUUAGUAAAUGAGAAUCAGUAUAAUGCAACAAUUGUACUAAAUCGACCUAAAAUCCUAAAUGCUUUGAAUUUGGAAAUGAUUAGAAAAAUCACUGAACCUUUAAAGAGAUUUGAAAAUACCAAAUCAUUUGUAAUCAUUAAAGGAGCUGGAGAAAGAAGUUUUUGUGUUGGUGGCGAUGUGCCUGAUCUUAUUAAAAAUGAUGUUGAAAAAUCUAGAACUGUUUUUAGAGAAGUAUACACUUUACUAUCGUUCAUAUCAAAAAGUAAGAUACCCAAUAUUGCUAUAAUUGAUGGAAUGACAAUGGGAGGAGGUCUUGGCGUUGCUGUACAUGGAAAGUAUCGUGUCGCAACCGAACGUACAAUGAUGGCAAUGCCUGAAGCUGCUAUUGGUCUAUUCCCAGAUGUUGGUAGUUCGUAUUUUCUCAAUCGGUUAAAUGGUAAACUUGGACUAUAUCUGGGAAUGACCGGUACUAGGCUGUUAGCCGAAGAUGUUGCUAGAGUCGGAUUGGCUACACAUUAUUGUGAAAGUAGUCAGAUAGAUAAUGUGGAGGCUGAGUUGGUGAAAGCUACUAAUGUAAAUGAAGUAGAUAAAAUCUUAAAUAGUUUUUCAUUUAAAGUACCCCACGAAGCUGGUAUACAUUUGUUAAUGAAUAAAGUCAAUAUGUGCUUUAAUGCGACGACAGUGGAAGAGAUUUUCAAAAAUCUAGAGAAAGAUGGUAGUGAAUGGGCUGUUAAAACUCUCAGUACUCUUAAAGGAAAAAGUCCACUUUCUUUAAAAAUGACUCUCAAACAAUUUCAACUGGGAGCGAAUAAGCCAUUAGAUGAUUGUUUAAGAAUGGAAUAUCGUUUGGCAUUCCGGCGUUUGAAUGACUUUGAUUUUCGCGAAGGAGUUCGCGCUCUUCUAAUAGAUAAGGACAAUAAACCUCAGUGGAAUCCACCAACUCUUGAUGCUGUUGCUGAUGAUCAGGUGCUUAAAUAUUUCGACAAAUUGGCGGAGAGCGAUGAGUUAAAGAUUUGA